GUGGCGGCUGCUGUGGUAAAUGGGGAUGGCGGGCGCCACCCUUCCUUCGGCCGGGGGUGGGGACGGAAGGCUGCGGGGCCAAUGGAGGGAAGGGCAGGGCCGAGCAGGGCCGAGCCGGGCAGAAGGGAGCCGAGCCGGGCCGGGCCGAGCGCAGCCGUGAGUAGCUCCUGGCUGUGCCUCUCCGGAGUGAGUGCUCCCCAGGAAAGUGACGAUGAUCACGUUCAUGAACAACUCAGACAGUGAGGAUGAGACCUGUAACGAGAGAACAUCCCUGAUGUCUGCAGAGAGCCCUCCAAUACCUUCCUACCAAGAUGGCUUGCAAGCCUCAGAAGCAGGGGAAGCGCAGAUACAUAGGAAGAGGCACGCAGGCAGCAGCCGCAGCCCUAACAAUGUUGCUGAUGGGGAUAUGGCUGACUCGGGUGUUCGAGCGCGAGGGAGCGCCUUGGAAAACGAAGAAGAGGAACUGACGCUGAAAUAUGGAGCGAAGCAUGUAAUCAUGCUCUUUGUGCCUGUCACCCUUUGUAUGAUUGUUGUCGUCGCCACCAUAAAGUCAGUGCGCUUCUAUACGGAGAAAAACGGGCAGCUGAUCUACACUCCCUUCAGCGAGGACACCCCGUCUGUGGGCCAGCGUCUCUUGAACUCGGUGUUGAACACCAUCAUCAUGAUCAGCGUCAUUGUUGUAAUGACCGUGUUCCUCGUUGUUCUGUAUAAGUACCGCUGCUACAAGUUCAUCCAUGGCUGGCUAAUCCUGUCCUCUUUGAUGUUGCUGUUCCUCUUCACCUACAUAUAUCUCGGUGAAGUACUGAAGACAUACAAUGUGGCCAUGGAUUACCCCACAGUCAUUCUAGUCAUCUGGAAUUUUGGAGCUGUUGGGAUGAUUUGCAUCCACUGGAAAGGCCCCCUGCAGCUCCAGCAAGCAUAUCUCAUUAUGAUCAGUGCUCUGAUGGCACUGGUUUUCAUUAAGUAUCUACCUGAGUGGUCGGCAUGGGUGAUUCUAGGUGCAAUCUCCAUCUAUGAUCUGAUGGCUGUUCUCUGCCCUAAGGGGCCACUGAGAAUGCUGGUAGAAACUGCACAGGAGAGAAAUGAGCCCAUUUUUCCUGCAUUGAUAUAUUCCUCUGCUAUGAUAUGGACAGUUGGAAUGGCAAAGCCAGACACAGCAGCAAGAGGACCAAGUCAGCAGACAUGGGAUGCAGCGGAAGAUGAGAGAGAGAACCACAGUAGCCCUUCACACUCAGACUCUCAGAUUUUGGAGACGAGGAGUCCUGUUCCAAGCCACCCCAUCACUUCUUUAGAGGAACCGGAGGAGGAGGAAAGGGGUGUGAAGCUGGGCCUUGGAGACUUCAUAUUUUACAGUGUUCUUGUUGGGAAAGCGGCUGCCACACCUAGCGGAGACUGGAAUACUACACUAGCCUGCUUUGUAGCCAUUCUUAUAGGUUUAUGUUUAACUCUUUUAUUACUGGCUGUUUUUAAGAAAGCAUUGCCUGCUCUUCCCAUCUCCAUCACCUUUGGCUUGAUCUUUUACUUCUCGACAGACAACCUUGUGCGACCAUUCAUGGACACCCUGGCCUCCCACCAGCUGUAUAUUUAGAAGAAGAGGGAGUUGGAGGAUUCUUUUUAAAGCUUUUCUGUGAAGUACGGUACACUGUUUGGAAUAAGUCAUAACAUUUUACACCUAGUGCCAUGUAUUUGUAAAGAAGGCAAUAACUGUGACAUGAUGCAUACUAAAAUCCUAGUUACAUGUUAAGCUGAGAUUUUUCACAGGACUUCUAAUGCUUGAACUCCAGUGAAAAGCCUAGCUCACUGCUGAGGUCAGAGUUAAAUAACUUGUUUGUUCUUUAAUGUGCAUGCAGGCUCCUGUGAGCAAGGAAGCCUGUAUGUAGUGUGGGGCGCUGGAGGGAUGAAGAGUCUGAUCUGUGCUUCCAGAAACUCAGGCAUUUUAGCCACGGAAUUGCAGACAAGUUUAACUGUACUCUAAAAUUGUUAACACUUCUCACUUUUGAAGUGUUGUGCAAACAUGAAAUGAAAGUCAGUCGUACUUGCAAUUAGAAAAGCAGAGCAGUCAGUAUGCAGAGAACAGAGUACUGCUACACCUAGUUGUGAGCAUUAGGCAGAUGCCUAAGGCUGAACUACAUAAGCUGGCCUCUGUUUGUACAAUUUCUAUUGAAAUUGCUCCUAAUGUCUGUUUAUUCUGAUCCUAGUAAGACGUAGCCAUGGUGGAUCUAGGCAGCAUGUCACUGGUAGGACAUCUGAACAUCAGGCUUGUUCCUGAGUGCAUCCACCGCUGCAGCUAGCAGCUGAAGGCAGGGUUGACUGUUCUAGCGGAUCAGAUCCUCGCCAUGGGAAGACAGCACUGUCUCCUCACAGCACUUUCAGCUUCUCAAAAAUCUUUUCCUGGAUCCAUACAACAAUCCCCAAGUAGCCAUAAGGUGGAAAUUACUGCACAACUCCAGUAAAUCGGUUGACCUGUAACUUCUCAUGUGUAAGCUUGGUCUCAUUUCUGUGCAUUGCUAUAACUGCUCCAGAGGAGAAUUUACCUUCUGUUUAUGAAGAGGUCCUCUUACACUGAUUGAGGAUUGGCUUACUUAAUUUUUGGUACUAUUGUUUGAAGAGUUUUUACUACGAAUUUUAAAAUAGUUAUUUAAUGUAAAAGGAACUCUUUUGAAAAUAUUGUCAUAAUUUGUAUCAAAAUAUGGGGGAGCAAACUUUAAUCUGCUGUUACAUUCCAGAAGGCAUCAUUAAUGCUGGGAAUAUUUACACAGCAUUAAGUGACUUCAUAACAACAAAAAAAAUCACACUUGUCAGUAAAAACAAACAAAAAAUCUGACUUGACCUUGCUGUCAGAUGUAUUUAAUCACACUUCUCUUACACAUUUUAAAGGUGUUUCAUUUCUUUUUAUGUCAGUUUCUUAGAAGUAGACAAACUUUGUAUUUUUUUUUCUUCUAAGGUGUGUAUAAUAGACAAACUAGCUCUGUUUUCUUAGACAGCUGAUCAGUAUCAGUGUUUCAAAAUACAACAUUACAUAGUGUUUUGUGAACAAUGCAGUGUCAUUGGGAGAUGGAGAACUUCAUGUCUGAAGCUACUUUUUAGAUAACACUUUGAACUAUGCCUUUUUAAGAUAGAUUAGCUUGAACAAGUCUAUUGGAAAAACCACUACUUUGAUAUUUAACAAGGACUUCAUGUAGGUGCCUCAAACAAAUUAAAAAAAAAGUUUUUAUGAGUUGUAGGUGUCUCUGUUUGGACAAGUAAUUUUUGCUCUUUUAGUUUUCUUAUUAAAUUUGUAAUGUUUGGACUUAAACUGUAGGCAGAGUUAAUUAUUACUGAUAGGUAUUUUUUUAAAAAUGUGAACUACUAGAGCUAUCUGCUGUUUUUUUUAAGGGUUAUGGGAAAGUUGUGUUCUUUAUGUUGCCAAAUCAUAGUACAAUCACUUGCAAUCAUGAUUUUAUUUUUUAGACUGCAUGGUUUAGAGAGGAUGUUAAAUAUUUAUAUGUACUAGAAGAAAUGUCCUGCUUAGCUUAACAGGGUUGUAGCAUAUUGUUUAAAAUGAUUUAUUUUUAUGCACAUAGAGUUGAUAUGUGAAGGGAAUGGGGGCGGGGAGGGAUCUUUUAAUUACUGAAGGAUUAUUAAAGAUCCUUGAGUUUUUUGUAGAUUUGUUUGCCAAAGGAUUGGCCUCUUACUGAUCAAAUUCUGCAUAACUUAUAAAAAAAACCAAAAAAAACUUUACGAGGUAACUGAGCAGUGUAUUGUCAGUGCAACAAAAUAUGUUGUCCUGGUAAGUGGUAGGAGUAUAUUGUAUAAAAACUGGAGUGGUUGAAUUGUGUAAAAAAACUUAUGUAUUUACUACUAGUGUGUAUAUAUAUUCACCUUGAUGCACCUUGUGCGUGUGAAUGUGUGUAUACGCACAUAAGUUUUAAAAUAAUAUUGAGUGACUUCUCA